AUGGCAUAUGGAGCUCCAGCAGUUGUGAUAGACAACGGUUCCUACACAACCAAGGCCGGUUUCGCGCUGGACGACCUACCUACAAUGGUCUUUAGCUCAGCCUAUAGCCACGAUGAGUCAACAGGUAAAGUCAUAGUAGGAGACGAGGAGAUGAGCUUGUAUCCGCAAUAUAAUGUUUCCACGUUGCUAGAGAAUGGGCUCGUGUACAACUUUGAUAAUAUUGUACACAACUGGCAGUACAUUUACGACAACAUCGAUAACCACAACCCGAUUGAAUCGAAAGAAUACCCCUUGGUGAUGACGGAACAGUCGUGGAACACGGCAAGAAACAAGAUAAAAACCACUGAAAUUGUGUUUGAGCAACUAGAAGUGCCCUUGUUCAGUCUAGUCAAGAACCCCGUGAGCCAGUUGUACCGAUGCGGCAAAUCCACCGGGCUUGUGAUUGAUAUCGGCGCAGGCGUCACUAGCGUAACGCCAAUUUUGGACGGCAUAAUACAGAACAAGUGCUCGUACCACUCAAAGUACGCUGGAGAUUUCUUGAAUCUCCACGUGGAGCACUAUUUGGAGUCCAAAGUCGGUUCAAUCGACGACUUGUUACCCGACUCGUUUCGUGCACAACGCGCUAGCGACUCGUUUAAACAAUACUACAUGAGCACUCACAUUUUGCAAGAGUUUAAAAACUUGUCCAUCAACUAUCAAGUAUCAAACUACCAGAUUUACAACCACAAAUUCAUCGACGUUACCGACCAGCGAAACUACCUUGAAAACUUGUUUGAUCCAACCCUCAACAAAUUGGAAGGGGUCAAUCUCCCCGAGCCCAGUUUCGAUAAGCCCAGCUCGCAUGGGUUGACGAAUUUGGUGUUCAUGUCAAUCAAGAACCUCGAGGCUUCGUUGUUACCGAAAACAGACAACUCCGCUGGCACCACCACCGCCUCGUCUCAAAAUCGAUUUGCUUGGUUUAUGGAGAUCUUCAAGCAGUUGCUUUCAAACGUCUUGAUCACCGGUGGCACCUCGUUAGCUAACGGGUUAUCCGAUCACAUCAUUAGCGAUUUGAAAGCCUUGACCCAGAAAUACUUCCCCAAUUACCCCUUUUCAUAUAACGUGCAGCAAAUCAGAGUCAACAAUAGCUCUUCCGAGAGCGCUGACGUGUGGGAUAGACAGUUUGGCAGCUGGUUGGGCGCCUGUAAUUUAGCGUCGAUGUUGAAUGACAACGAUGAGAACUCAAGCAAGAUUGCCUUGGACAAUUGGUUUGUGACAAAGGCCGACUACGAAGAAUUGGGAGAAGAUAUAAUCAUUGAAAAGUUCAAGUAG